AUGUCAUCCUCCCCCUCAUUCUCCGACGCCGUCUUAGCGUUAGAGCUCAGAGACGGCAUGCUCUACGCCGACCCAGGACCCCAGAAUGACAAAGCUCAUACGAUGGCUUUUCCCCCGGGUGGUCAAGGCAAACUGCUACUUUCAUAUGACGGACGCUACGGCGUCGACAGCAUCACCGGCCACCAGCCGUGCUGUACCGUUGUAUGGCAGCUGCCUAAUCCAGGGACUGCCAAUGUCUAUGUCAAGCACGACGCUUAUGGCGAUCAAAGUGGCGAUCAAAAGGCGAUCAAAUACGAUGUACACUACGGAAUGCGGCUCGUCUUUCUCAAGGACGGUAGUUUGGCCACGCAGAAGGAGGGUGAGAAGCUUUACCUGUUUGAUCUGAACAUGUACCGGUGGCGCACAUAG